AUGUCUCUCCUUCACAAUGAAGAUUUUACUAUCUGGCAGUUGCGCACAUCCUAUCUGUCUACCAUCAAGGACGGCAUAGGUGACAGGCUUAUAAACGUGAACAACACCGUACUCAAUACGCCAGGAUUCCGCGCGGCUGGCUGGUCUUCGGCUUCUACAAACCCCAAUGCACAGAGCGCUGCAGCUCACAUUAAGCGUACCUAUUCUCCUCCGAUUCCUACGACAGCGGCGGUCUCCUCGGAGUAUUAUCAACUAGGCGUCGCCCGAGAUGCUAGCGAUGCGCAGAGACUCGGGCUUGUGGAUGAAGGCGACGAUGAUGAAGGCGGGAUGGUGACCGGAAAGACCAAUACAGACCUGAUUGGGCGUCGAAACCGCGGGAAAAGGGUUCAUCGAAGAGAUCGGCAACAGCACGAUCACCAGAAACAUAGGGAUGCUGAGGAAGACGACAGCAGCGACUUAAGUGACGAGAGCGACGAUGACGGUGACAGCGCUCGAAGUGCUGCGAAUCAGAUUAAGUUCAUGAAGAUGCCUAUACGAACAAGAGCUGGGUCCUCUCCCAUACGUUCAUCAGACCGUCAGGAAAGCCCGCAGGUCAUGGUCACUUCUCCAUCACAUCCAACAAUCGGUACCCAUUACCGUACCGGCUCACUGGGCACCGCUGUCAGCAGCAUCAACGAGCGGCCACGGCGAGAUACCACUACCACGGUCAGCAGUGAUAUAUCUUCGGACAAUGACCUGGAUGCGGCGGCCUUCAAGAGGCGCCAAAUCCAGUUCUCCGGCCAGGAUCAGGUGAUCGAACCUGCGAGAAAGAGACAUGGCCCCCCAGGCCCACGGGACCUUGAAGAGCUCAACGAGCAGGCCGAGGACUCGGGGGCUGAAUCUGUCGGGUCAGCGCUCUCAUCUGAAUUUGACGCCACAGCGGGUUCUGCAUCGCUUCUCGCAGGCGUUGGAAUUACUGGUAGCUUGAACUCGUCAUCGCCGAUUGCGUUGAUGCAUAAGUUACAGAACGGCACGGGCUCGCAAACUGCAUCCCCAAGGAAGCCAAAGGCCCCAGCGCCAGAAUUACAAGACCUUCCACCCCCACGGCCGAUCAGUACGGUUCAGCCGGUAAGUUUGCUCUCGAAGGCGCUGAACGCGCGCAAGAAAGCGCCGGCCAACCCAGUCGAAAAAUUUGCGGUGCUAUCAGGCGAAGGCUUGAAUGAUGUCCUGAACAUCAAGCUCUAUCUGCCGUUUUCCGCCGAUCCUGAUGAGCCACUUGAUCUGCCAAUCACCCGCGAGUCAAAACUUGCGGAACAACCAGCGCCUGUCACGGUUGUUGAAGCCAUUGGUCUAGCCCUCUGGAGGUACACCGAAGAAAGCCGCGAACCGGCUGUCGAACGCGGUAAGCUUACCGUGAACAUGUGGACGCUUCGGAUGGUGGAAGACGGCGAAGUUGAGUAUGAUUUUCCCGCGCUCAGUCGAACAUCGCCCAUUGCCGACUUUACGUCGAAUAACAACCGGGCCGCUGGCCGCCGAACCCGAGGCAAGCAGUAUGAUGAAUUCGCGCUGGUGGAGGCAUCGAAGGCAGAGUUUGAAGACAAUGAGCGCCUCUUCCCUAUGUUCAGCCUGGCACCCUCUCCAGAUGACAGCGGAGAGACAGCAGCGACGACUACUGCACCGACAAGUCAGCCUGUUCCGCAGAACAAGGCACCUCGUCAGAAUCCCAUUUUAGGGCAACCAUUCUCGUCGGCGUUGAACGACAAUACGCUCACCCCCGCUGAUCGACCCGCUGUGCCCACGUCCCACGCGACUCCUCGAUUAGGUGUCUCGAAAACGCUGAAGAUCCGAUUCAUCAACGUGGAGGCCUCCACCCAGGUUACAACCCUCAACACGUCUACCGACAGCUACAUCGCCGAGAUCCUGGAUUCCGUGUGCAAGCGAUGGGGUCUGGACAAGGGAAACUAUCUACUCAAGGUGAUGGGAUCCAACACGAUCGCGCCAUUGGAUCGAACCGUGGAGGCGUUGGGCAACAUUACGGAGCUGGACCUGGUGCGCCGGCGUUUCGGGCCGCAGUCGAUGACGGGCUCUCCCGGCAGCUCAUCCCCGAAUGCGCCGCUCCUCAUCGACAGUAACAGCGCGCCUAGCAAGAAGGGGAAGAAGAGCGGACAGCGCAUGCUGCACCCACUCACUCAGCAACAGGAUCUCAUUGGAGGGUAUUAUCGGCGGUACUACGUUUGGCGCAAACAAUCCAUGUCGUUCACCGCCUCCAAUCAUCGGAUUCUGACGUUUGACAACGACUAUAUGCAUAUCAUGCCAGCGGACACGGGCAAAACGGCGUCGGACACGAAGACGCGGUCGAUCAGCUUCAGUGAUGUUGUUGGGUGUAAGGUGAGCCGACGACACCCAAAGAACUUCCGGGUGGUCGUGCUGCGCGGCAACGAGGCCAACGAGCAGAAACGGUAUGACUUCGAGGCGCGCAAUGCUCUCGAGGCGGUGGAAAUUGUGGAUGAGAUCAAGAAGAACAUGGCCCAUUAUCGCAUCUAG